GGAAAUGACGACAUCCCGCGCGACCUUACGAUAUGUUUUUUUGCGUGCGGACGGUGCGGCGGUUGAGGUCUGCGAAGUCGUUUCUUUGCCGUUUAAACGGACGAAGACGCGUCAGGGUGCCGUGCACAUUUAAAGCUCUGAGAGAUUAUUUAUUUCCCGCUUCGUUCUAAAAGCCUCUCGUGCGUGAGCGACUAUUGAUCCGGUUAAUGCGCGCACGCUCUGUUACCGGGACGCACGAGUUUUAGUGAAGGUGUAAUUCACAGCACUGAAAUGUUUGUUUAGUGCAUUCAGGGUGAGUUAGUUCAGCACUGGAAAUCGGGUUAGUUCGGUUUGAAAUCACAGAUGUGAUCGGUUGUGGUAGGUAGUUCAGCUCUAAAUCACUGUAUAUAUGUGCUGGGUUCGGGUUAAUGUAGUUAGUUCAGAUUGAUAUCACAGGGGUGUUGGGUUAGUUCAGGUUUGAAUCGCAGGUGUGUUUCUGCUGUGAUGGCUAAAGGCGAGUGGAAGAGAUCAGGCACGGAUGAGGUCCUGUUAACCGGCCGCACAGAGUGUGAGGUGUUUGAUGACGGAACCAACACGUUCUUCUGGAGGGCACAUACCCUGACAGUGCUAUUCAUUCUCACCUGCGCUCUAGUUUAUGUGACACUAUUGGAAGAGACGCCACACGACACAGCGUACAACACCAAAAGAGGAAUUGUGGCCAGUAUUCUGGUAUUCCUUUGUUUUGGAGUGACACAAGCUAAAGAUGGUCCCUUCACACGGCCUCACCCAGCAUACUGGCGUUUCUGGUUGUGUGUUUCUGUUGUGUAUGAGCUCUUCCUUAUCUUCAUCCUCUUUCAGACUGUACAUGAUGGCAGACAGUUCAUGAAAUACAUCGACCCAAAAUUGGGCGUCGCACUUCCAGAAAGAGAUUAUGGGGGAAACUGUCUCAUUUAUGACCCUGGAAAUGUUGCCGACCCCUUCCACAAUAUCUGGGAUAAAAUAGAUGGUUUUGUUCCUGCCCAUUUUCUCGGCUGGUACAUCAAGACGCUGAUGAUCCGGGACUGGUGGAUGUGUAUGAUCAUCAGUGUAAUGUUUGAGUUUCUGGAGUACAGCCUUGAACACCAACUACCCAAUUUCUCAGAGUGCUGGUGGGAUCAUUGGAUCAUGGAUGUGUUAUUGUGUAAUGGGCUGGGCAUUUACUGUGGCAUGAAGACACUCGGCUGGCUCUCCAUGAAGCCGUAUCAGUGGCAGGGCCUCUGGAAUAUCCCAACAUACAAAGGAAAAAUCAAGCGAAUUGCCUUCCAGUUUACCCCGUACAGCUGGGCGAAGUUUGAAUGGCGUCCUGCGUCUGACCUGCGAAGGUGGUUGGCGGUGCUGGGCAUCAUUUUCAUGUUCUUGUUGGCGGAACUGAACACAUUUUAUCUCAAGUUUGUUUUGUGGAUGCCUCCGGAGCAUUAUCUGGUGCUUUUGCGGCUCGUCUUCUUCGUUAAUGUUGGCGGUGUGGCAAUGCGAGAGAUCUACGACUUCAUGGAUGAUCCGAAAUUCCAUAAGAAGUUGGGGCAACAGGCGUGGAUCGUGGCAACCAUCACUGUUACAGAGUUUCUGAUCGUGGUCAAAUACGAUCCCAACACUAUCAUGUUGCCAAUCCCGUUCUUUGUCACACAGUGCUGGAUACUGGGAAUUGUCCUGAUACUCAUUUGGACCUUGUGGCGGUUCUUCAUCCGUGACAUCACACUCCGCUACAAAGAAACGCGGCGCCGCAGGCAGGAAGGGUCUUCGGAGCGAGAAAGAGCCCCUGCGAACACUGAAAGCAAUAGCGGCAAUUCAGCCACAUCAGGCCGCAGCAAACUGAACAGCAAUACGGACCCAGUCCGACACCGGAAGUCCUGAAGAAUCAUUCCACCACAUAGACAAACAGCUGUGGGCUGCACAUCGCAACUAGACACACAUUUAUGUAUAAAUGUGUGUGUUUGUUUGUAACCUUCUGUUCAGAUCGUACCAACGCUCAGAGUCUGUUGAGUGACGUCCAGAUGGGUUGAUGCCAAUUGUUUUCUCUCCUGAGCAGGAGGGUUGUACUAUAUUUAGAAAAGAAAAUCUCUAUAGCUGUUACAUUGGUGAGGCGACUGGGUUCUGUUUCCACUGUACCUACUGUUUUGGGUUUAUUUUUGUUAAUUUGGUGCUAUGCUGGAAGACGCAUUUCGACAGAUUUGGAACACUAGUGAACUCUGUUUACUUAAGGAGAAUAUAAGGUUAUGGGCAACACAUAGCUGCACCCAAAAAGUACUCCAAUAAGAAAUCUCUGAACGCUCGCAUAAGCUAUGACACUAUUUAAAAAGCUUUUGAGAAUGUAAUAAUUAAUCUGACCUGUUUUAGGAUGAUAAAGGAGGUUAUUGUGCCAGUUAUAUAUAUAUAUAUAUAUAUAUAUAUAUAUAUAUAUAUAUAUAUAUAUAUAUAUAUAUAUAUAUAUAUAUAUAUAUAUAUAUAUAUAUGAACGCCACACACACAGAAGAGAGAACAAUCCUUCUGACCUUUUUAAGAUGGGUCAGUGCCAAGACUGGACCAAAAUAAUAACUACUUUACAUUAUUUGUGUGUGUGUAUGUGUGUGACCAUAAUAGCCAAAACAUUUCUCAUAUUUUUCAUGCGGGUCUUUGGUUCUGACUUUCAAGGCCACAUUAUACCUUUGAGAAAGCCAAACACCAGUGUGCAUGUGCAUAUUGAGAUCAUGGUUGCUUGGCCUAUUUGUGUUUUAGGUUAUGCAAUAAAAAGAACAGAUAAUCCCAAAGUUAAUGCUUUAAUUGUAUAGAUGAAGGUCUAAAUGUGUAUCUGGUCACAGUUGGUGGGUUGUGUGCUAUUGUGUUGUCAUAGUGUGUGUCUGUGUUCAGUUAGAUAAUGUACAAGUCCAAAAUUGCCUGGUCUGAUAUAAACGCCAUUAUAAUCUUACUAUAAAUGUAAACGUGUAGCGCCAACGCCUGAGCUGUCACUGUUUCUUAUGUUACUAAAGGUGUUUAGAGGUUUGUUUUUAUUUAUGAAAUUAAUAGUUCUCAUCCAUAUUAUGAUCAGAAUUAUUUCUCUGUGUUGCUCUCCUGAAAUACUUCUAGUGGGACCAUCUGAUGAUCUGUCUGCCCCUGCUUGUUGUUCACAGACGAUUGAAAAAUGUAAAUGAACAACUAGAAUGUCAUGUUUUUUUAAAAAAAAAAAAAUCAAUAAAAGGAGUGGAGAUUG